UGACUUUGGCGUGCUCUCUGAGAAAAGAUUUCUGAGCAGGAUCUCAAGAGUGGCUACUUUUCUGAGGUGCUAGAGGAACCCUAGUCAGUGUGCGAGCGGCAAAGCGUGGCCUCCAGAACCUGGGCGCUUCGAGGCUGAGGCUACCAUCAACAACGAUGAGUUUAAAACCGUUCACCUACCCAUUUCCAGAGACGAGGUUCCUUCAUGCAGGAACCAAUGUGUAUAAGUUCAAAAUCAGAUAUGGCAACAGUAUCAGAGGAGAAGAAAUAGAGGAUAAGGGAGUCAUCAUCCAGGAGCUGGAGGAUUCUAUCCGAGCAGUCUUGGCAAACAUGGACAGCCUGCAGCCCUUCGUUACAGAACACUUCAUUGUGUUUCCCUAUAAAAGCAAAUGGGAGAGAGUUUCCCACCUGAAGUUUAAACAUGGAGAAAUCAUCCUGACUCCCUACCCAUUUGUGUUUACUCUCUACAUAGAGAUGAAAUGCUUUGCUGAAAGUCUGCCUUCGGGGAAACCAACAGAUGAUAUUCCUCUUGAGUUGGUCCUAGCUGAGAAGGAAGCAGAAGAAGCUACAAUGAGGAAACGGAAACUCAUGGAAGAGCCCAGCACCCCUAGCAGGCCAGGGCCACACAGGGCCAAGAUGGAGACAUGGAGUGAAGCUUCCAGCACUGAGAAGGCUCUGCAGGAGCGCAAGAGGAGCUGGGAUGAAGACUCCCAGCAGGAACACCAGGAUACCCCAGCCUCAGAUUCCACUGCUGUCACAGAGCAUGAUGCUAUGUUGGGGCAUAGCCUGCCAGGGCUGGUUGUCCCUGCACUGGAACACGGCAAUCCACCACCACUGAAAGAGCCAGCAGCCAGAGGCUUCUUGGGGUUUCUAAGCGCCCUCUUCCCGUUUCGGUACUUCUUCAGGAAGAGCACUCAGUGAGCCCUCCAGGCACACAGCACGGGGCACGGGUCAGCAUAGGAAAGAAGAUGUCCCCUCUCAGUGACUCCUCCUCUGCUGUGCCACACCGCCUUUGCUUCUGUUUUCUUUUUGUCUUCUGCUUAUUUUGAGACAAGUGUUACUGUGACAUAGCCCAGGCUGGCUUCAAGUCUGUGUCUCGGCUCCCACGUGCCGUCCUUUUCUCCCAACCCCUGGUCAUGGGGAUGCUGGCACCAGACCACCGGGUCCUCGUGUGAGUUUAUCCUGUUGUUUGCCUUUGGUUUUUCUAUUUAAAACACUAAGAAGAAGGCUGGAGAGAUGUAAGUACGAUGCUAUUGCAGAGGACCUGAGCUUGGUUCUCAGGACUCACAUCAAGCAACCUACAGCGGCCUGCAGCUCCAGCUCUAUCAGGACCUUCUUCUGGCCUCUGCAGAACCUUGUGCACCCCAGCCCCCUGCCCCAUAAUUGGAAAAGCAAAACAAAACAAUGCUAAGAAGGGCCAGCAAGGUGUCCCAAUGGGUAAAGCACCUGCACCCAAACCUCAUCACCCGACUCCAACCGCCAUAUACGCACCAUGGCUUGCACACCACACAAAAUAAGAUGUAAUUGUAUUAAAAGUUCUAAGAUAAAUAAAUAAAUAAAACACUAAAGAA